AUGACGAGCGUAGGAAAGGAGAAGGUUACUUGGAUGAAAUUGGAGACGGCGCAACUUGAUGAUCACAAGAGUUAUUGUAAAGUCAAGAAAGCUCUUUGCAGCCUCCAAGAAGUAAUAAGGGACCAAACGUUCGAUGAGAAAAACAACACUGUCACGAUCAAAGUGGUGUGUUGCAGUCCUGAGAAAGUAAUGAAUAAACUCUGCUCCAAAGGCAAAGGAUACAUAAAGAAAAUCCAUAUGACCGAUCCGCCCAAAUCUCAGGCCGAAAAGCCCAAAGUACCAGAGAAGCCGAAAGAAGCAGAGAAGCCCAAAGAUGCUGAUAAGCCCAAAGAUGCUGAGAAGCCCAAAGAUGCUGAUAAGCCCAAACCAUCAACAGCCGUAGCGACGCAUGCGUAUCAUGAGCCGAUGAUGGGCACGGUUGCGUACAACGACCCUUAUCACGGUUCUUACUAUGGAUCGAGCUCGAACCAACCAAUCGGGUAUCCUUCAAGGCCGGUUUACGAGAACUGGGGAGGUGGGCCACCGCCGCCGUGGAACCACCACGGUGGUGGACCUAACUACUUUAGCGACGAGAACCUUAACAGUUCAUGCUGCAUUAUGUGA